AUGGCGAAUUUAGAUGCUAGUGCAGUUGCUCCCGAAGAUCGCGUGCGGUUUUAUAAGCUCAAGGUACAGUCGGUAUUUGAACGCGUAAAAAAGCUACAAUCCAAGGUCGAUUCAGAUGCUCUUGCCGAUCACAGUGACAGCACUCUAAAUGUUCUACUGGAGCAUAUCGACAAGCUAAGCCACUCCUUUAGCAAGGCCCAUGAAAGUCUAGAGGAGCUCGACUUUACUGAGAUGUCCAGCAAUUUGCGCACUGACUUUGAUGAUUUAAUAAUGGUCAUGCAGUCAACAAUAAUGUCCGAAGUGCAAAGUCGUACUGCUCAAGUGCAUCAUAGUUCCACGUUUAGUCGUCCAAGUGACCCUCCUCGCGCAUCCGCUCCCAGAUUGCAGGCUGCACCUGCGUUGCCGCCAUUAAAGUUACCUACGUUCAGCGGUGGAUAUGCUAAUUGGGCUGAUUUCUACUCAAUGUUUUCUACAAUCAUUGAAAGUCGGCCAGAAAUCAGCAAUAUGGAAAGACUUCAGCACCUCCGGUCCUGCCUCGAUGGCGCAGCGUUGGAUACGGCCCACAUCGUAAAGAUCUUAGGUCUCAAAAGAGUAGAAAACGGAUCCAUAAUCAAGCUGCGUGAGCUAUCUGACAGCUUCAAUGUCCAUAUGCGUGCGCUCAGUAGUCUGGGCACAACAGAGCAGAUAGCCAGUGCCAUGAUUGCUCAGAUACUGCUACAGAAGCUUGAUGAGGCCUCACAAGCUAAAUGGGAAGAGAAAUUGGACAACUCAGAGACGGCUCUUCAGAUACCCAGAUAUGAAGAAGUCUCCUCAUUUCUUGAGCUUCGUUGCCGUACUUUGGAAUCGAUGAAAUUUGCUCUUACAAACUAUUCGUCAAGUAAGCCGAUGAAUUCUUGCAGUAAGGUUGCUACCAGUAGAUCAGCAUUUCUCGUAACCGGCCACAGUACUCACAGUUGCAAUUUUUGUAAUGAUCUUGAGCACACAAUCUACAAAUGCCCAAGAUUCGCAAACUUGUCUCCUAGUCUUCGCCUGAAUGAGGUCCGAAAGGCUGGCUUAUGUUUGAAUUGUCUCAAGGGAGGUCAUCAGUCGCGACAAUGUGGCUCGCGCAGUUGUCGGGUCUGUGGAGUCAAGCAUCAUACGCUUCUUCAUCUCGGCCACUCCAGCACAUCGCAGGCAGCAAUUCCGCCCCAUCAACAAUCUUCAACAUCAAGAGUACAGACCAUCCCUCAGCCCUCAGCACCAGCCACUACUCUCUUAUCCAAGGAUCGGCACAGCGAUGUUGUGCUCCUGGCUACCGCAGUGGUUCUGGCAAGGAAUCGGUUUGGCGAGCUUGUUCCUUGUCGUGCACUUUUAGAUUCAGGCUCUCAACUACAUCUCAUUACAGCCAGAUUUGCGAAUCUCCUGCAACUUAAGAGAACAAAAUCGGUGGCAUCUGUAUGCGGCGUAGGCGACUCCAAUGUUGCCAUGGAUGGCAGCAGCAUUUGCCUCACUCUUCAAGCUCAUGCAUCUGAAUAUACAACUAGCAUAACGGCUAUGGUAGCUACAAAUAUAACUGGCAGGCAGCCCAGUUCUAAUGUGAAUACGAGCAAUUGGAGCAUACCGCAAAAUAUAGUGCUGGCAGAUCCAGCUUUCCAUAGGCCGCAACGAGUAGAUCUGCUUAUCGGAGCUAGCCUGUUUUACGAUUUGCUCUGUGUGGGACAAAUCAAGUUGAUGCCUGGACUUCCAUUGUUACAGAAGACUCGUCUUGGUUGGGUUGUAUCAGGUGGCGAGGCUCGCAACCACAACUCCGUGCUAAUAGCUUCAAAGACGCCUUUGGAUCCGAUUACAGACUCCUGUGCUAAUAUCAAGUUGGACAGUCUCGUUCGUCGCUUUUGGGAAGUUGAGCGCUGCAGCGAUUCCAUUGUAAAGUUCAGCAAGGAAGACUCAGACUGCGAAGCGCAUUUUGCGAGGCAUUACAAUCGAUUGGCUAGUGGCCAAUAUACAGUACGCCUGCCUGUUAAGCUUAGUUGUGAGCUUCUUGGAGAUUCUUAUGAGCAAGCGCGACAUCGGUUUCUCAAUUUGGAGAAGAAAUUGAGUCGUUUGCCGCAUAUAAAGUCUCAAUACUCAGCAUUUCUGAAAGAGUAUCUUGAACUUGGUCACAUGUCACGCGUUCCUCUAAAUUCAUUCCAUCUAUGCAGAUAUUUUCUUCCUCAUCACUGCGUUCUGAAGGAUGAUAGCACAACUACCAAGCUUCGCGUCGUCUUUGAUGGAUCUGCAUCUACAACAACUGGGCAUUCGUUGAAUGACAUUCUAAUGUCAGGUCCCGUCAUUCAGCCAAAAUUAGUCGACAUAUUAUUGCGCUUCCGAUCUUAUCCAGUUGCACUCACCGGCGAUAUUUGCAAAAUGUAUCGUUGCGUGAAAGUACCUGAGCCGGACAGCUAUCUACAAUGCAUUUUAUGGAGGAAUUCGCCAGAUGAUGAGUUGGAAGUUUUCAGGCUUGAUACGGUAACAUAUGGAACAAAACCAGCGUCAUUUUUGUCUGUGCGCGCCAUGCAUCAGCUUGCCGUAGAUGAAAGGAACGCAUUCCCAGUCGGGUCCGACGUACUGCUUCGCGAUUUCUAUGUUGAUGAUUUGAUUAGUGGAGGAAAUUCCGUCGAAGAAGCAAGACUUGUUAUGCAAGAGACAGCUGGAAUCUUGGCAUGUGGGAAGUUUAAAUUGAGGAAGUGGUGUUCAAGCCAUCCCAUGGUACUGGACGGCGUAACAGACUGCGACAAGGAAUCGCUCAUUAGGUUCAACGAUGGCAGCGACAUUACAAAGACACUUGGCCUUGCAUGGGAUCCGGCAUCUGAUCAACUUCUUUUCUCAUAUCUAGCUCUGAAUUCAGCCUCUAAGCCCUCCAGGCGCUCUGUUCUCUCGUCUAUUGCUAGGUUUUAUGAUCCCCUCGGCCUGGUCGGCCCAGUUUCCUCUGUAAGCCCAGAUCUCAGUGGCCAGUCUCAGCACUUCCAGAAAGAACUUCAAUUGAGCGUCGAAGAACUGUGCUUCUUGUAA